UUUCCGCCAUCUUUCCGUGCCGCCAUAAUGGUGCGCAUGAAUGUCCUGGCUGAUGCUCUCAAGAGUAUCAACAAUGCCGAAAAGAGAGGCAAACGCCAGGUUCUUAUUAGGCCGUGCUCCAAAGUCAUCGUCAGGUUUCUCACUGUGAUGAUGAAGCAUGGUUACAUUGGCGAAUUUGAAAUCAUCGAUGAUCACAGGGCUGGGAAAAUUGUUGUGAACCUCACAGGCAGGCUAAAUAAGUGUGGAGUGAUCAGCCCCAGGUUUGAUGUGCAACUCAAAGACCUAGAAAAAUGGCAGAAUAACCUGCUCCCGUCCCGUCAGUUUGGUUUCAUUGUACUGACAACCUCAGCUGGCAUCAUGGACCAUGAAGAAGCAAGACGAAAACACACAGGAGGGAAAAUCCUUGGAUUCUUUUUCUAGGGAUGUAAUACAUAUGUGCAAAUAAAAUGCCUCAGAGGAAAAAAAAAA